AAAGACUCCUCACGGUGUAACAUGUUGGGUAAUGGCCGGCUGUACAGUGGUUUGCCUUGUGUCCCCCAACAAUUAAUAACACUGCCGCACGGACUACACAGUUAGCUUUUAACGUUUACUGUUAUCGCUUGUACUUCGACCCCGCGACAUAAAGAUCCAACGACGUCUCCGAGAGAUAGAGAUAUCACCUCUUUGUCAGUCAACGCCGGGAUUAUGUGGCUGUUUCCCCCCGGCAAAGUUAACUUUUAAACCGGUUUACGGUGUUUCCUCUGGUGGUUCGUAGUUCAUGUGAGCCGGCAGUUGAACUGUGCUGCUCCUCUGGACAAAGACCCAGUUUCACAGGUUGUAUCGGUAACUUCCUUCCCGUCAUGCAGCUGGUGAUCCGCCAGUACCGUCCCUCAGACAAGGACACGGUGCGUUCCUUGUUCAGCACCGGCAUCAAGGAGCACAUCCGACCAUGUUUUCACAACGCCAUGAGCAGCCCUGUCUACCUCGCCGUCACCCUGACUCUGUGUGCUUCCGGCUACCUCGUCGGCUCCGUGCUGGGGGCCGUGGUGUUACCGGGAGUCUGGGUGGGCCUCGUCUACUACUGCUGUCAUGAGCUAUACUCCAGCUACGUCAGGGAGAAACUCCAGACAGACAUGCAGGACAUCCCCGGGAACUAUCUGAGCAGACCGGAUGACUGUUUCUGGGUGGCUGAGGCCGAGGUUGACGGGAGGGCCGAGGUCAUGGGUAUGGUAGCUGUAGUGGCCAAACAAAGUGGGGAAAAAAGCUACGGGGAACUGUUCAGGAUGAUCAUCUCACCAUCGUGCAGACGGAUGGGCCUGGGCGUCAGGAUGGCUCAGACUGUGGUCGACUUCUGUAAGGAACGAGGCUUCUCCGAGGUGGUGCUGGAGACCAGCUCCACUCAGACCGCCGCUGUGGCCCUGUACAAGAAACUGGGGUUCAGCCAGGUCCUCUCACACACCGACACACAGGCUCCCUCUUGGAUUGUAAAUCUGGCUAAAGUCACAGUUUUAAGAAUGAAAAAACAUCUCUAGUCCUGAAAUAACUCUGACCAGCUACUCCGAUGUUCCUGUUCACUCUCCUAUCAGUGAUUUAAGCUUGUGCAUUGAUCAUGAAUGACUGAAACCAUAUUUUGUAAGCUACAUCUCAUGAACACACUCAUUGUUUUAGCUAUGAACGAAGAGAAACCCUCAUGAAAUCUCAGGUAACACAAAGAGCCUUUAGCUUGUACUGUGUGUCCUGUAAGACCAACGUGACACACUGUUACUGGACCAAUAUUCACAGACCGUUUACUGUUGUACUGUUCAUGUUUUUUUAAUGAAAACUAGAGUUUCAAGCACUUUGAUUUUAUUUUACAAAUCAUCGAUCACAUUUAACUGCAAGAAAAUAAAACCACCUGUGAAGGUUGAA